GAGGACGAGAAAGUGUGAAACCCUUGGUUGGACCUGGACCCAUAACCCAGUAUAAAAGGAGAGCGACUUGUGUUUGAAACGAGGAAGGGGCAUUCUCUAUAUUCGCUCGGACAUUUAAACGGACCUCUGGUGUGCCGCAAAAAUCUACACGGAGGCAUAUAAUUUGCAAAGAUAAAGUCGAAGUAAUUAAAGAUGAAGUACGUUUUGGUUACCGGUGGUGUUGUGAGCGGGCUCGGAAAAGGUGUCACCGCCAGCAGCGUCGGAGUUGUUCUCAAAGCUUGUGGCCUUCGUGUUACAUCUAUUAAAAUUGAUCCUUACUUGAAUACUGAUGCUGGUACCAUGUCUCCAUUUGAGCAUGGGGAGGUUUUCGUUCUGGAUGAUGGCGGAGAGGUAGAUCUAGACUUGGGUAACUAUGAGCGAUUUUUGGACGUGACACUUACGAGAGAGAACAAUAUUACAACAGGAAAGAUAUAUCAGUCUGUUCUUGAAAAGGAACGGAAAGGCGAUUAUCUUGGGAAGACUGUGCAGGUAGUCCCCCACAUCACCGAUGCCAUCAAGAAUUGGAUUGAAUCAGUCUCUGUUAUUCCCGUGGAUGGGACAGAUGGGCCUGCAGAUGUUUGUGUCAUAGAACUGGGAGGGACUGUAGGCGAUAUUGAGUCAAUGCCAUUCAUUGAAGCUCUGAGACAAUUGUUCUUCUCAGUUGGACAAGAUCAUUUCUGUCUGAUUCAUGUCAGUCUUAUUCCCGUUCUUGGCGUUGUGGGUGAGCAAAAAACAAAGCCCACGCAGCAUAGUGUGCGAGAAUUGAGAGCAUUAGGUUUGACUCCUCAUUUUCUGGCAUGUCGUUCUGCUCAGCCGUUGUUGGAGAAUACAAAGCAGAAAUUGUCACAGUUUUGCCAUGUCCCUGUUGGAAAUAUUCUUAAUAUCCAUGACGUUCCAAACAUUUGGCACGUUCCUCUUCUGCUCCGGAACCAAAAUGCACAUGAUGCCAUUCUAAAACAUUUAGACUUAUCGAGUGUUGCGAAGCCUCCUAACUUGCAAGAAUGGACCAAGAGAGCUGAGACGUUUGACAGCCUCACUAACUCUGUAAGAAUUGCAAUGGUGGGAAAGUACGUUGGGAUGUCUGAUUCUUAUUUGUCCGUUGUCAAGGCCCUCCUGCAUGCAUGCAUUGCGUGUUCAUCGAAGCCAAUGAUUGACUGGAUUGCAGCUUCAGAUCUAGAAGAUGAUAGUGCAAAUUUGACACCUGAAGCUCAUGCAGCUGCAUGGAAAACUCUAGAGAAUGCUGCAUGUGUUUUGGUUCCUGGUGGGUUUGGAGAUCGUGGUGUGAAAGGGAUGAUAUUGGCCGCAAAAUAUGCGAGAGAAAAUAAAGUUCCCUAUCUUGGGAUUUGCUUGGGGAUGCAGAUAUCUGUGAUUGAGAUCGCGAGAUCUGUUUUGGGCUUGGAAAGGGCAAACAGUACUGAGUUUGAUGAUAAGACUCCCGAUCCUGUCGUAAUUUUUAUGCCAGAGGGUUCAAAAACACAUAUGGGAAGCACAAUGAGACUUGGUUGUCGAAGAACGUUAUUUCAGAAUCCAGAUUGUAUCACAGCAAAGCUGUAUCACAAUUCGGAUUACGUGGAUGAACGACAUCGACAUAGAUACGAGGUGAACCCGGAGAUGGUUAGCAUUUUAGAAGAAUCUGGCUUGAAAUUUGUUGGGAAGGAUGAAAGUGGGAAGCGAAUGGAGAUUUUGGAGCUUCCAGACCAUCCUUUUUACGUUGGAGUGCAGUUUCAUCCGGAAUUCAAGUCCCGGCCAGGGAGACCCUCAGCUCUUUUUCUAGGUUUUAUAUUGGCAGCAACUGGACAGCUAGAAGUGUAUCUCAGGAAUCCUCAGAAUGGAAGCUUGUAGGUGGUGGAACUCAUAAUGAGUCCAUCAUUCCUAGGUUAUAAAGUGGAUGCAGGACAACAGUUAGUUACUUUCACGGGAUGAAACUAAAUUCUUGGUGUUGUACAAUCAUCAGAUCUCUAUGAUCAUCUCCUGUAUUGAACGACACCCUUUGAACUAGAAGCAGAUUGCGAUUCUGUUUUGUGGCGAGUUUUUAUUCAUGAAAUGGUGACCUGUUUUCACGCCAAUUGUAAGAAUACAUCAAUGGGACAAAGUCCCUGAGUGCUUUUAUGAAUGUACUAACCCUGGUUGCCACAAGCAGAGUUUUCUAGUAAUUGACCAAAAUGUUCGUAAACGAUCGGAUAUUUGGAAUUUGGGUUUUCUAUUCUUUUAAGGACUCUGGAAAUAAAUAUGGAUGUACCCAGUGAAAUUUUUUUA